CUCAGCUGCAGCAUGACCAGGACCGAGAGCCUGAGAGUGCGGACUUAACAAAACAAUGCCCAGCCUAAUUGUCGAACCACUCGCACACCACUUCAUCAUGGACAGAGAUGACAGGAAGAAAAACAAGAAUAUUGGAAAGAACUUUAUGUGCCGUCUCCAGUGCAUGUUCUCACACUCAUCAAGCUCUGAGAGCAGGCUAACUUUAGAAGAUACCCAACAAUGGUCACAGUCUUUGGAAAGGCUUCUAGACUCUAAAUAUGGAUUAGCGGCAUUUCGCAACUUUCUGAAAUCUGAAUACAGCGAUGAGAAUAUUGAAUUUUGGCUUGUCUGUGAGGACUACAAAAAGAUCAAGUCUUCCUUCCGAAUGUCAUCCAAAGCCAAGAAGAUUUACGAACAGUUUAUCAAAGCCGAAUCUCCAAAAGAGAUCAACAUUGACUACCACACCCGAGAGCAAAUCAAAAGAAACGUCAAGACCCCCACCAUCUAUUGCUUUGACGACGCACAGAAGAUUGUUUAUGGGCUGAUGGAAAGAGACUCAUACCCACGGUUUCUACGAUCGGACAUUUAUAGAACGCUCCUAGAAAACCUUUCUGCCGAUGCUACAAAGGGAUGAAAGCAAGAGGAUGCAAAUGGAGAUCAAACUGGAAUGUUUCAGCCAAUUCAGCAGGGAGGACUAAUAAAGAGGGUCAACAAGUACGCCUCAUAGACAGAAACCGAAGUCUUGGAGUCGUCAUGUCACGGAAGGAUCCCCACAAUAAGCACUGUCUAAGGAGACGACAAUGCGGCCCCACUGAUAUUGACAAUGUAGUAUUUGAUUUCGCUGGCUCACAUCUGACCCCGUGGUCCAUUUGACAGAAGAAGGAAGCCCUGGGUGACUGACGCCCGCUCUGAUCAGUGUGCUAAGAUCCCACACACGGCACACUGGAGUGGGUGCACAGGAUCUAACACAAAUUGUUCAGAAGGCAUUUAUUUUGUGAGAUGAGGAUAGGUUAGUAUACGAUAGAAAUUCACCAACAAUUUUGCAGACCCUGCUCAUAAAUCCCCAUGAAUCACCAUCAUUGUUUGUUGCUGCAUGAAAUGAGAUUCAUUCAUGCGGUUUGCCAGACCUCACGAAACAAUGCAAGUUAAUCCAUACAAUUAAGGCUGCUGUUUGUGUGUUCUGUGAAACGUGUUCUUAGGAAAGUACAAGACUUUAUAACAGGAGACCUGUGGGUCACCCUCAUUAAUACUCAUAUACUGUAUAUGUGUGACGUCAUCAUUUUCAGGUCAGACUUUGGGAACUUAGUUUCAUCAACGUCUGCAUACAGUUCAUUUUGCACAUAAUGACGACAUUUAAAACAAAAAAUAUACUACUGCUAUAUUUCACUAUUUAUGACAACAGUUUUGCUGAGUGGAAACUGAAUCAAAUGUUGCAAAACAGCAAUAAUGAACUUUCAUGUAUGCUGACUGGCCGUAAUAGAGGUCUACGGUGACUUUUUGCAGCACUGAAAUGUCAACGCUUUUAAUGUAAGAAAUCAUUUGAGUGGAAAUAUUUAUUACAGGAAAAACAACAAUUGAACUUGCAUGAUAACACUGGUAAAACUCUUUGUAUACACACGUUGAGGCAUACUGUUGAAAUGAUAUCUGAAGCACUAUAUGCUAUAUGUUAUUUAUUCUAGGUCACACAAUAACUUAACUUGUUGCUAGUACUGUCGUACUUGUAAUAAUGUUAAAUAAUUAUUAUUUAUUUUUCACGUUUGGCUUUUCCCUGUCUGGGGUCACCACAGUUUAACCGCUUGGUUUUCACCCAACCCUGGCCAGGAAGUAUGUACCUUAUGUACCUUAUGGUAUGUUUAUGACAACUGAAAGAAACAUUCAUACAUUAGAUUUAUACAUUCAUUUGCAUUUGCAUUGAAGAAAACAUCUUUGUUUGAAUCCCAAAAGAGGGCAUUAAAGAUAUUUGUUUUAUGUGUAUAAAGCUAUAUUUGUAAUUGAGUAAAUUAUUUAUUUCCAUUUCAGGUCAUUUUCUAUAUACAUACCAAAUGUUUCAAGGAAGAUCACGACAGAUGAGCACUGUUUUGGACAGUAAUAAAUCACUUACUGAUACCACAGCAAUGUGUUUUACAUCUUUUUUCAAACUUGAGAGCCGAGGGUUGAAUGAGUUGGGGUGAGCCGGAUACUUGUUAUAAACGUAAAUAUGAUUUUUAACAUUAUUAGAGCCCUCUAGACAUGACAUAAUACCCCUAUAGUCAGCUUUACAUUCAUUCAUUGCUGGAGCCUAUCCCAGCUGUCUUCGGGCGGGAGGCGGGGUACACCCUGGACUGGUCGCCAGCCAACCACAGGGCACAUAUAGACAAACAACCAUUCACACUCACAUUCAUACCUAUGGACAAUUUGGAAUCGCCAAUUAACCUAACAUGCUUUUGGAAUGUGGGAGGAAAUCGGGAUGGCCGAGGAUGGAAUUGAACCCUGGUCUCCUAGCUGUAAGGUCUGCGCGCUAACCACUCGUCCGCCGUGCCACCCAGCUUUACAUUCAUAUUACCCAAUAUAGAACACAUUAUCAGACAAAAUACGUCAUAAAUAAGACUUUUGCUCAUGAGUGUUCGAAUAAAUGUGUUCACAGCCGCAACAGUA